AAGCCGGAAGUCAGGAGGGGGUCUGUGAAGACGUGUUCCGGGGGAGCUCGAGCCGGACCCGGCGGGGCCGGUAAUAUGGAGCCGCUGUACCAGCAAACGCACAAGUCCACGAGAUCCAGUCUCACAUGGGACGCCUGGAGACAGCCGACAAGCAGUCCUUGCACUCAGUUUUUUUUUUUCUUUUGUGCAGUAGUAGAAAAUGAAAUCCAAGCAAGCAUAGACCAGAUAUUCAGCCAUCUAGAACGUCUGGAGAUUUUGUCCAGCAAGGAGCCCCCUAAUAAAAGACAGAAUGCCAAACUUCGUGUUGACCAGUUAAAGUAUGAUGUCCAGCACUUGCAGACUGCUCUCAGAAACUUCCAGCAUCGGCGCUACACACGGGAGCAACAGGAACGACAGCGAGAGGAGCUUCUGUCUCGCACCUUCACCACUAAUGACUCUGACACCACCAUACCAAUGGAUGAGUCACUGCAGUUUAACUCCUCCCUCCAGAAAGUUCACCACGGCAUGGAUGACCUCAUUGGAGGCGGGCACAGUAUUCUGGAGGGACUAAGGGCCCAGAGACUGACCUUGAAGGGGACUCAGAAGAAGAUCCUUGACAUUGCCAACAUGCUGGGCUUGUCCAACACAGUGAUGCGGCUCAUUGAGAAGCGGGCCUUCCAGGACAAGUACUUUAUGAUAGGUGGGAUGCUGCUCACCUGCGUGGUCAUGUUCCUCGCGGUACAGUACCUGACAUGAGCCAGCCACACGCAAGACCUGAGCAACGUGCCCACUGCGUGAGAGCCUGUAUGAGUGUGUGUGCGUGAAAGAGAGGCGGCCCUCAGGCUGCCUUCUGAAAUGUAUGCCCACCUUAACUGUGAAGACCACUUGCAAGUAAUUGUGAUCUGUAACUUCGUGGGAGUUUCCAACCUGCUGUGUUUUCUGUGACUCUUGGAGGGGGGAAGUUAGUGCCACCAAGAUGCAUGGUGCUUAGGAAAUGAAAGAGUACCUGUCUCUCUCUCUCACUGGGGGAGGAAGUAAUGUAAGGGUAAGGGCUGGAGAAGGAAGUGGGGAGGAAAAGAAUGGUGGUGAUUUUGUUCACAUGUCUGGUGUGUGCUCCGGAGGCUUUCGUGGUGAGCCCUGUGGACAGGACCAUCCACACUUGGUCAUCACCUGGUGGUCUGGCUCCUGAUGGGUAGACUGGAGCAGAAGCCAAGAGAAGUGGGGGAAGAGACCUUUUUUCCUACGCCAUUAGAAUAGAUGGACUUAACAUGUUUUUGCCACUAUCUAACCUCCUCUCUGCCCCCAAACGACAUUCAGAUGACUAACUGCUAAUACUGUCACCUUUCCCUGGAAGCAGCUACCUAGAGGAAACAGAGGCAUUGACGCUAUUGCUGGCAGUGAGUAAGAUUUUCCACAUUACAGCUGUUGGGUGUUUCUCCUUUCUAAAGUGAGGCCAGUAUUAUUCCCUGGGAGUGUUCAGUCUUAAGGCUGAAGGUCCUAGUCACUGAUUUUUUUUCCAGUAGUAAUAGAUUGGUUGGCUUUUAAGGUUCUAGGAUUGUAGCCUGGUGGGCUGUUGCCCCUUAGAAAGUAGCUAUGAGCAAAGAUAGUGGUUUGUCCAUGACAGCCUCUUCUCUAGUUUCAGCAUCUCCAAUUCUUUGACUCUCUUCCCUUCCCUGGAAUAUAUUAGCACCUGCCAGCCAAACCCCCAUUCUGCCCAGCCAGUAUGGACAGAUGCCGCUCUGGAGACAUCCCUCGUCUUUGUCCUUGUGAGACUCUGUUUUCAGGGACCAGAACCUUUUUCCUUCUGGAUUAAGGUUGUACAAAUACCUGGUGUAUUGUGGGAUUUACUGUAAAGCUAGUCUGUCUAUUGUGAUCAAUUGCUACAAGGAGCAGAAAGACCUGGUUAGCCUAUUUUUUCAUCGGUCACAGGCCCUACCAGCCCUAGGCUCAGUAGCCUUAUGGUAAGACAUAAAGUAACACUCAAAAUUUCCCAGAACUGGAAACCUGGUCAGUAUUAACUCCACCUUGGAUUGUCUUGCCCCACCUGCUUCCUGCCCUUGUUGCUUCUCACUUGGACUAUCUUCUGUCUUCUUCCCCAUUUCUGUGUAUGUUCCAUUCUACCUGCCUUACCUCCUACCUGUUUCUGUAGCAGUAUUGGUCUUUUCAGGCACAUUUGUGGCAAGGCCCCUUCUUGGUGAAUGUUCCUGAAUCGUCACAAAUUUUUAACUUCAGUUUCCUAGGUUCUUAUUUCACACUUCAGUGGGGUCGCCAUUGCUCCUACCUGUUCAGGCUAAACAAGGGCCCUGGGUUUCCAAGGAGGGAAGAUCUACGACCCCUUCAUGAAAGGAUUGAGGACCCUGCCGGUGUGAAAAUGGGGGGUGGGAGGGUAGACAGAAGGGUCAAGGUAUCUUCAGACCUAGAUCUAACUUUGAGAAGGCACAGAAGGCACAGUUUGACAUUUCCAUCACACCCAGCACCCUGCUAGCACGGGUGUCUUGGCAGUCUAUAAAAUGGGUUUUUAACCUGCGCAGACCUGGCUGUCCUGUCCCCUGGGCACCUACGAUCCUGCCAGACAGCACACUUUGGAGGAAGGUGUGCAAGGAGCAACUAAGCCAUUUGGACUUGAACUCUGGGAGCUGGGAACUCUGUCCCUACCGCCCUCCAUUGGCUGAGGUGAUUGGUAUUUGUAGUGUGUACCAUUGUGUUUCCAAGCCUGCCUUUAUAGGGAUAGUCGGCCUUGAUGAACCAGAAGUAAGGCCUUUGUCCUGCACCUUGAGAGCCAUUCUCCCUGCUUUCUGAUAAAAACUGUGGAGGCGUUUUGUGGGUCUUCACACCCAUGGCUAGGGAACAGCAGCCAGUGUGGAAACCCAAGGGCACUAGGACAACAUGUCAUUCCAAGACUUCCUACCCUCCUGCACGUUGGGUUUUUCGUGCCUCCUGAGACUCUCCUUGGACUAACUGGCUCUUGUUAAAUAGUCCCCAGAGUGUAGGGAAGGGUCCCAGACCAGGGAAAGAGCACCAUCUAGUGGACUUAGGGGGAAUCUUUCCGUCAGGCUGGUGCAAGAAUCUCCAGUAGACAGUUUCUGCGACCUUGUACAGGAUUUUGGUGUGUCUAUUAUAAUUUUAAGUCAGGCGGCUGGCAGGGUACUUGAGAAUAUCUUCAUUCCACCAAAGUUAACUCCAGGUGUGACCAUCUUAAGAAACCAAAUUCAAAGACUAAGUAGGAGAAUCUUAGUUUAAUAGAAGGCUUUACUGCUGGGUUUUUUCCUAAGUCCUUUGCUAUAAUGAAUUUAAGUGGAUUUGAUUUGCAGAUUUGGGUUUACCCCCAUUGUUUUUGAAAUACAUCAGUUGAAUAAACUUGAGAUUUAUUUUAUUUACAAAAUUA